GGGACAAUAUCCUCUCCCAUCGCUCAGCGUUGUUCGCGGAACCCUGCUCCCGAAAGCAAAUCUUCGAGGAAUUAUCACCAAAUUUGUGAAUAACAAACAUCCGCCUGUUUGCUCCGCGAACGAUGGCAAAAAUGAAAACAGCCUUCGCGAUGAUUGUGGCGUGUGCCAUAGUUGUGGGCACAUCUUUGGGGAGUCACGGAAAAGCUCAGACCAUCGCUCCAUGUAGACCAGGCUUCACCCAGAGCUUCUACACCAUGUUUGUCCCCAGGGGUGUGCUGCAAGGCCUGAACAUUCACAAAGAUACCCUGCUGUCAUCUGGCCAUGUGAAGUUCGAAACCUGCCAGAAAAUAAAGAAGGUCUAUUUCGAGAGCAGUGACCCAAAGUUCAGCAUUCGUCCAGAUGGCUCCCUUUACAUAGAGCAAGCUGUAACGAAUGUAACCGAACCGAUACAGUUCAUGGUGACGGCCAGAGACAGCAUGGACAAACGCAUCUGGGAGACCACCGUCAAGCUGGCUCUCGCUGGACACCCGCUAUCUCCUCCUAUGAACCAGAUUGCUGGAGAUGGUUUAUAUAGCGGGUCCUCCCACAACCACUAUCAAAAUCCUCUACUCGUUAUGUUUUCGCGACAACACCAGCGUGGCUCUACCAAUGGUCUGCGGCGACAAAAGCGAGACUGGGUGAUUCCACCAAUCAACGUGCCUGAAAACUCACGAGGACCAUUCCCUCAAGUUCUCGUCAGGAUUCGAUCAGACCAGGACAAAGAGAUUGAAAUUCGGUACAGCAUAACAGGAGCCGGAGCAGACCAGCCUCCCGGUGACGUCUACAUCAUCGACCCUGUAACAGGGAAAAUGUCUGUCACCAAACCAUUGGAUAGAGAAGAAAGAGCCUCCUACCAUCUUAGAGCCCAUGCAGUGGAUAUUAAUGGGAACCAAAUGGAGCCACCUAUUGAUCUGUACAUUUAUGUCAUUGACAUGAAUGACAACAGACCUGAGUUUAAGAACCAAGUCUACAACGGAUCGGUCGCUGAAGGGUCCAAACCUGGUACUUCUGUGAUGCAAGUAACGGCCUUCGAUGCUGAUGACAGCACCACAGCAAAUGGGCUGGUGCACUACCGCAUCCUUAGCCAGACGCCGCACAUCCCCAUCCCCAACAUGUUCACCAUUAACGGAGCCACGGGAGAGAUCAGCACCAUCGCCGCAGGCAUCGACCGAGAGAAAGUGCCACAGUACACCAUCAUAGUCCAGGCCACAGAUAUGGAGGGCAGCCUGAACUUCGGCCUGUCGAACACAGCCACUGCACUCAUUAGCAUCACAGACAUCAAUGACAACCCUCCAGAGCUGGACGCUAAAACAUUUCUAGGGGAGGUCCCGGAGAAUGCUGUGGGUGUGGUGGUGGCCAAUUUGACGGUGAGGGACAAGGAUCAGCCUCACACACCCAACUGGAACGCUGUUUAUAGGAUUGUAGGAGGAGAUCCAAUGGGUCAUUUCGCCAUACGCACUGACGAGAUCACCAAUGAUGGCAGGGUCAUGGUGGUUAAGCCUGUGGACUAUGAGCGCAAUGGAGCCUUCAUGCUGACAGUGGUGGUCUCAAACCAGGCUCACCUGUCCAGUGGCAUACCAUCCUCCCUAUCCUCCACAGCUGGGGUUACUAUCACAGUGCUGGAUGUCAAUGAAGCCCCCGUCUUCCCAUCCAACCCUAAAAACAUUCGUUUUGAAGAGGGAGUUCCAGCUGAAACCACCCUCGCUACCUUCGCUGCACUGGAUCCCGACCGCUUCAUCCAGCAGACUAUCAGGUACUCCAAACUCUCAGAUCCAGCCAACUGGCUCAAAAUCAACAGGACAAACGGAAGGAUCACCACCACAGCGGUUCUGGACCGCGAGUCACCGUAUAUGAAGAAUAACAUAUACGAAGCAACCUUUUUGGCUGUGGACAAUGGUUCCCCUCCUUCCACAGGAACUGGUACUCUACAGAUCUAUUUGAUAGAUGUGAAUGACAACGUGCCUGUCUUAGUUCCCCAAGAGGCUCUGGUUUGUGAGAGGUCACGACAUGGGAAUCCAGUCAAUAUCACAGCCUCUGAUUUAGAUUCAGAGCCCAACGCUGGCCCAUAUGUCUUUGAACUGUCCUCUUACCCUUCCUCUGCCCGACGCAACUGGACCAUCUCACGCCUGAAUGGCAACUAUGCCCAGUUGAAACUGCGGAUCCCGUACCUGGAGGCAGGCAUGUAUCGAGUCCCCAUAUUAGUUUCUGACUCUGGAAACCCUCCCCUAUCCAACACCUCAGUCUUGAAGGUGAAGGUGUGUCCAUGCGAUGAAAAUGGAGACUGCACUGUUGUUGGGGCAGCGACUGUUGCCGGGUUGGGAACUGGAGCUAUUAUCACCAUCCUCAUCUGCAUCAUUAUACUGCUCAGCAUGGUGCUGUUCUUUGUAGUGUGGGUGAAGCGAAGAGAAAAGGAGCGUCAGACUAAACCUCUAUUGAUUGACCCCGAAGAUGACGUCAGGGAUAAUAUUCUGAAGUAUGAUGAAGAGGGUGGAGGAGAGGAAGAUCAGGACUAUGAUCUGAGUCAGCUGCAGCAGCCCGAGUCUCUAGAUCACAUCACGAGCAAGCCCUCAGGUGUACGGCGAGUGGACGAGAGACCUGUUAUCCUAGAAUCUCAGUAUCCUGUGCGGCCAACAGUACCACACCCUGGAGACAUUGGAGAGUUCAUCAUUGACGGUCUGCGUGCGGCUGAUAAUGACCCCACCGCUCCCCCCUACGACUCCCUGCUGGUGUUUGACUACGAGGGCAGCGGCUCCACAGCAGGCUCUGUCAGCUCCCUGGACUCCUCCAGCUCUGGGGAACAAGACUACGACUACCUCAAUGAAUGGGGUCCACGCUUCAAAAAGCUGGCAGACCUCUAUGGAGGUGGGGGGGAGGACUGAAGGUGUGAACUACAGGAAGGCGGAGGGGAACAGAGAGGGCCAGGAGGGACAAUUGACUUCUCGGUUGUUUUAUCGAGAAGUUUUACACCAAGCCUCCAAUGCGGGCUGAAUAUCUCUCCAAAAAGUUCCUCUGCAAGCUACGGAGGCAUCAAAAGGAAAUGAUUUUGCCCUGCAGCCUGCUCUGUACCUUUGCUGCAGUCCACAAGUAUUUUAUGGCUUUUUACAAUAUUUCGCAUUGUGGUUUCUUCAAUGUUGUUUUUUCAUUCCUCUCGGACUGCCUGGAGGCGGAAGAUGGAAUUGAGAAGUUACGGGGAUGGCGAACUCUCUGCGCACAGGAGUUAAAAAAAAAAGAGUCAGAGCACUCUCUUUCUCUCUUUGCUUUAUCACUAAGGAGAGUUCCACACGCACACUUUUUCUCUCAACUGGAAUUUCAGUAGAACAGAAGCACUGUCGUUGAUAAAGUGCCUUUUGUGGUGUGUUUUGUAUCAGACUCCUGCAAUCUCAGGGUCGGUUGCCAUUUUGAAAAGUUUCUUCUGUUAGGCACACUCCCUUAUUCCUGUCUGCUCCUCUCUGCUACCUAUAUUUUCCUUUCAUCACUGCAUUAACGGUGUAGAAUGCCUCUUUGACUGCCAUAUGACAAACAAACAAAAGAAAACAGAGAAUGUUUUGUCAAGACUUUUGUUGAUAAAGACAGAGACUCAUUUUCCCUUCAGAAAUCUCAUUCUCCCUUGAGAAAUUGGAGUGUAAGAAGUACAGUGAUCCAAUUCUAAAAUCAUAAUUAGUUUUUUUUAAUACUUGACCGACCACGACCAUAUAAUGUUAUGUUGUGUAAUGGUUGUGUACAAAAUCAAGGUCUUUAUUUUAAAAGAAGAAAAAACAUUAAUGGAGAAUGCCUAUUUGCUCAUACUCUUGCCUGCCUUGUACGAUUUUGUGUUGCGUUCCAAUUUGUAAAGGUGAUUUAGGCAUGACAAGUUGUCAGACAGCGAGACUAAAUGCGAUGGCUGAAGAAACACGACUCGGAUUGCAUCAGAAGAAACCUUUUUUGUCUUGAACAUUCCCUUUUUAUAACUUUAAAAGUUGAUUAAAAUAUAAUACGUGCAUGAAUUCUUUCAAAACAAUGUCUCAAAUCUCUCGCACUUGUUCCUCUGUGGUCAGAAUGUGAUAAGUAGUUGGCAAAGAAUAUACACCAUACAGAAUAAAUAUAAUCUGAAAAAAUAAAAACAAAAAAUGAUUAAAAAAAUAUGUUUUAUAUGCUGUAAAAUACUUAUUUUUGAAGUAUUAUCUGAAAAAUGUGCUGCUCUGAAUUGGGCUAAAUAACCCUGUGUGUGUGUGUGUGUGUGUGUGUGUGUGUGUGUGUGUGUGUGUGUGUGUGUGUGUGUGCGUGCGUGUGACUGUGUGUGUGUGUGUGUGUGUGUGUGUGCGUGUGUGUGUGCGCGCGCGCGCGUGUGACUGUGUGUGCGUGUGUGUGUUGUGCUUGUCUAUAUCAUAUAGGAUUUAAAAAUUAUUUUCAUGUUUGUGUUUUUUAUUUUUUUUUUCCCUUAGGUUUAAAUUUCGUUUAGCUAUGCAGCAGCACUCAUUUUGUUCUGUGUUGCUGAAGAAAGUGUUUCAUUUGUUCUGUCCCUGAAAUGGGUCUAAAUCUGCAUUGCAGAGAAUCUUAAAAGUCAUGCCUGCUCCACCAUUCAGUGUAACUGAUUUCUCUUUCUAUUCAUCUCAAAUAUUGGAUGUGCUUUAGAGAAUAAACAAACACAGUUUUUCCAAGAAAAAAAAAAACAAAAAAUAUGGUCUCCGUGUUUCUUUAAACUUCCAGUGUAUAAGUGAGUUUACACAUUUACAUCAUCGAUUAUCAAUUGAAUUUAGUUGAUUGACAACCUGGUGAGAUAGAAUCAGAAUAUUAUUACAAAAUUUUGGAUAAAUUAGUUGUAAGUGCCUAUUUCUAUGUGUCCCAGCAGUUUUCUGGUGAAAUAAACACUAGAGGUGCUACAACAACCAGUUUUAUUCACUUUCACACAAAUCACAAGUAUAAUGGCAGAUUAACAGUUCAAACACACUUAUUUUUCACUUUGUUCCCCACACAAUGUUAUCUUUUGAAAUCAAAACACUUUACUAUAUUGCAUAUUUAAAAAUCUACACAUUUUAAGGCUUACAUUAUAUGACCAACUGCAUUUACAAUAUUAUUCCAACAAGACUAAUUGUUGGAUUUUGAACACAGAAAACCAUCAAGUGACCCGAAAGAGUCAUAGAAGAACAACAAAAAGACAUGGUUGCUUUAGCUAUUGUAUUUCUCAUAUCUCAUUUGUUUUUAUUAUACUAUUGGUUAGGUUUGGGUGCAGAGUUCAGGGUAGGGAUAUCAGUUUUGUUUAUUUAAACUAGAAAAACAGAAGUCAUUUUUUAAGGUUAAUACUUUAUUGUCUUACAGUUGCUUUUUUUUAAACUAUUGGUCAGCCUGAUCUCAUGAAAUAUUGUUCGGUAUUUACUUAUUACAAACAUAUUGGAAAAACAAUGAACACUGUGAACAAUUAUUUGUAUAAUUAAAGUGUG